UUUCAAGAGACAGUAAACGGGCAAUAAAUUAGACAUAAAAAGAAAAGCAUAUUUUAAGUGCUAUAGAUUUAAGAAAUGUUCAACGGACGAUAUACGUUAUUUAGAUUUUACGCUACAUGGGUUGGAUGUAUUACGUUUUCCGCAAACAUUAACAGAAUUCCUUGAUACACCUAUAAUGAGGUAGUAUUUAUUCCGUUUAAACAAGUGUGUCUAAUCUUAAAAUCGUUGUAAGAAAGGUGUGAGGUUGAAUUAUCCUACAGAAAUGUCUUCUUCUUACAAGACUAUUACGCAAGGGGAGUGUGAUAUAAAAGUUGCAUUGAAUAAUAUAGAGAUUACUAGUCAAGACGAACAAACAGUAUUAUCUAAACAGGCGGUCACAUUGUUUCAUGACCUUUACGAGAACCUGGAUUAAAUAUGGAAGGCGGGGUUUGGGGCAUUGUGAUCAUCAUAUCAGCCUUUAUGAUACAAUUUAUCGCAUUUGGUAUAAACGGUUCCAUUGGUAUUUAUAAUGUGGAAUUUCUGGAACAUUUUGAUACCACAGCUUUUGAUGUAUCCUUAAUAUCGUCCAUCAACCUUGGGAUAUUUUUAGGCACUGGUCCCAUAGCAAGUUAUCUAAUGGACAGAUAUAGUCACCGUAAAGUGGUUUUAGUUGGUGGAUUUAUGAGUUCUGUUGGUAUGUUAGUAAUGCCGUGGUUACCUGGUAUUCCUUAUAUGUAUCUAUUUUAUGGUGUUAUAAAUGGGUUUGGUGGAAGUCUGUCAUACUUGCCGUCACAUGUAUUAAGUGGGCUAUAUUAUGAUAAAUAUCAAGGUUUAGCUACUGGAUUAGCUACCGGAGGUUCUGGUCUUGGUAUAACCGUUGGACCUAUUCUAAUAGCUUAUCUCAUUGAGGUAUAUACAUGGAAGGGGUCAUUGUUGAUUUUAUCAGGAAUAUCUUUCAACGUUCUUGUUUUCGGUGCCUUACUUCGUCCACCACCUCCCAGAACUUUUACAACAAUAAUCCCAGAGCCAACUGUGCCAGGGGAUCCGGUUGUCAAGAACCAGCUGAAAAAAGAAGAAAAUGGGAAUACUGUGGUACCGGAUAUUGACAAUAAUAUAACCUUAUCCUUGGAUAUACCAUCCUUGAAGACUAAAAACAAGAACAACCCAGAAAAUGUACAGCGCCACCAAAAAUCAUACUUACACAAAUUGUUUCAAAAUGUUUUAACAAACGUUGAUUUUAUUAUAUAUUUUGUAAAUAACAUAUUUUGGAACUUUGGUUUAGCCAUAGUUCUGGCCUUCUUAGCAGAGUUAUGUGUGCAGCAAGGAAUCUCUAAAAUCGACAGUGCUCUGGUUUUAACGCUUGUGGGACUCGGGAACUUUUUGGGUUGUAUCAUUGGAGGUGUAUUAAGCAAUAUCAGCCGACUGGACAGUAUUUUUGUUUUUUCUGUGCUGAAUAUAUUAUCGGGUGUGUGUCUUAUUCUAAUACCUAUAAUAUCAGGAUAUACAGAGACCAUCAUUUUUUCAUUUCUAUUUGGACUCUUUACUGGAAUGGUUUUGGGCUAUCUUUUGGCCAUCACGGGUGAAAUACUUGGAGUUGAGGAUUUUGGGGAUGGUGUUGGUGUAAUAAUGAUAGCCAAUGGAAUCGGUGCCUUUGCUGGACCACUGGUUGCUGGUCAUCUGGCCGCGGGCAGCGGUGGUUUAAGCAUUGGGUUUAUAGUUGGUGGUAUAUUUUGUAUCAUUGGUGGAUUUAUAAUUCUGCUUAUUCCGUUUAGGAAAUGUUUUCUUAAAAAUGACACAGACCUAGAUAUCAACAAAGAAAAGGUUGAAGAGUUUCAGAUGGGUCCGAUAAAGGAGGUUUCCUCUGGACCAAUACCAACAUUGGUGGUGCCAACUAUUACAGUGGAUGAUGUAUCGGACGGUAAAGAUAUAGACGAUGACGCACCACAAAGUUCCUUAAGGAAAAAUAGUUUCUUCAAACAGGUGAAUCUUGAGGAUGAACAAUGAUAGUUUCAGGUAAUUGUUGUUAUAUUUCACACUGGCAGUGGAAACAGGAACCAUACUGUAAACUUUAUUUUUGUUAUACAAGUUUGUUGGAAAUAUUGAAUCUGGUUUACAAUUUUUUUUUAUGAUUUUAUAAUUUGUACUAUAAAAUUGUGC